AAUAUCCCGCGAUUCGAUUCGCCCACGCGCCUCCUCUCCGCUGCCUCCGCGGCGAAACAGAGGCGAAACCGGCCGCGCGUCAGCUCGCCAAGCUCGCUCUCGCGCGACACAACGAAUACAGCGCUCAAGCGUGCGUGCGUCCGUGUUCGUCGUGCGGCUUCCUCUGCCGUCUCUGAUCUCGUUGUGAUCGGAUUUGUGGGGUUGAACAGCGCGAAGCCGUACGAGUCGACGGCACGGACUGGUCUCGUGAUUGUCCCGUGUCGCAAGUGAACCCGCUGCGCGCGACAGCACCCAUGGCGACGCUCGAGGACCGCAUCUUGGGCGAGAAGCUCCAGUACUACUGCAGCAGCAGCGAAGACGAAGAGGCCGAAAGCGACGGUUCUCCGUCGCACGUGCCGGCCGCUGAAAAGGCACCGCCCGACAUCAAGCAGCGGGAUGGAGGCUCCGUCAAUACGGGACCCAAGGGUGUGCUGAAGGACUGGCAGCGCUACCGGCAACUGCAGAGUGAACGGAGGGAGGAACAGGAGCGGGAACGACUGCAGCUCAUCAAGAAGCUGUCACUCACCUGCCGCUCCGAGCUCGAUGCGGAGAAGAAGUCGAAAGAGGAAGAGGAAACGCCGCAGGAAGAGGAUGACGACUUCCUGCGCGAGUACAUGCGCAAACGGAUGGAGGAGAUGAUGGCCGAGAUAAACUCCAGGCCGAAGUUUGGCCACUUGUCUCGCCUUGAGGAUGGCCAAGCGUUCUUGGAUGCCGUGGACCGGGAAAAGUCUGGCGUCACUGUCAUUGUGCACAUUUAUGCUCAGGGCAUGCCUGGCUGUGAGGCUAUGAAUGGCUGCCUGCAGUGCCUGGCAGAAGAGUACCCACAGGUCAAGUUCUGCACCGUCGAGGCAUCUGCGGCUGGCAUGAGUCGGCAUUUU